AUGUUCUUUGAGCGCUACCCAGGACUAAGACCGACUCCCCAUCCCCAGCGAUACUACUAUGGAGAUCGAAGGGCGUUUGGCCACGGAUGGCAUCUCAGGCCAGAAUGGUACCUAACUGAUUUCGAGGAAUACUACGAUGACUACUCUCGACUUAUCUCAAAAAUCACCCACACCUGCGCCAUCUCUCGGGAAUGCGUGUUCCCCGAAAAUUCACUGAUGCUUAUGAUCACUGGGUUUCCAACCGCCCUUCCCGCCGGCCUAGAAGGCCACCGAUACGAACUGCUUGCCCUAAUCUCUUGGGUGGGACUUUUCUGGGGCACCUAUGACACUACGCGUCCCAACUUCGAGGGCUUUAUCAAGAACUGGGUAUUGCCACAUAGUGCCCUUGCCCAGCUCGCUGAGAGAAUCUCUAACCUCUGCCGGUCUUUCCUCCUUCUCGCUCAAACCCAUAUCAACACGCAUGGUCUUCAUCCUCGCUGCUCUGUGAUUUCUUAA